AUGGCUGAUAAGAACCACAUUGCCGUCGGGGUGGACUUUGGAACUACCUAUUCCAAAUUCCGAUAUGUUGCCCUGUGGAGAUCGCCCAGGACGUACAUAAGCCAAGUUUAUGAACAAACAGACGACAAGCGCAUUCUUAUUCCCGCGAUCCCAAGCCUCAUCGCAUACCGAGAUGAGAACCCUGGGUUGUCCGAGCCUUACUGCUGGGGCGCCGAUGUUCGACCGGGAAUGACCAUGUUCUCCUGGUUCAAGCUCCUGCUCAACCCGGAGCUCAAUCCCAAUAGUUACUACGAUCGGUCUUUGGAAGGGGCAGUCGCCAUGGGCAUCAUGAGGCGUCCCGAGGGAAGAACCCCUGGCCAGGUCGUCUGCGAUUUCUUGAGAAAGCUCCGUGGCCACAUACUCGAUACCUUGCAAGGCCGAGUAGAUCGACCACUCGCGGAUUGCACAAUUCAUUUUCAACUUACUUUCCGCGCUACCUGGUCCACGGCGGCUAGAAUGUCAACCAGGGAGGAGGCGUUUCGUGCUAGUUUCGGCCCAAGCAGGGAAAGGCCGUGCGAUACACUCUCGCCGCUGAUAACAGAGCCCGCCGCAGCCAUGACUUCUCUUGCGUCAAUUCCAGAACGCCGCAUCAACAUUUCACUCAGGGCAAGUGUUUUCUUGCUCAAUUUCCCUCUCUCAUGUUCCUCUCUCAUGUUCCCGCUAAUCGUUGGUGAACAGCGGAGAGACGUUGUCUGUAUCUGUGAUUGCGGAGGCGGUACUGUGGAUGUAGCAUGCUAUGAGAUCUUGUCAGCUCGUGCGGACAUUCAGUAUACCGAGCUUACGGCCGGGACCGGCGAGGGGUCUGCCUUCAAGCGGAGCUUCCACCGGGCCAAGGAGGAUCUUGAUAUCUUACGACCCAGUGACGAGUUUCUUCUGGAGCUUGAGAUGAUCCUUGAUGAGCCCAGACCUGAAGUAUAUGAUGCUCAUCGGCGCCGCGUGAAAAUCCCCGGGUACGGAUCACUCCAGGCGACGAUUUAUAUCCAUGUGCUAUCAAUGAUGUCUAUUGCAGUGGAUCAGCGCGAAUUUCGCAAGACAUACAACGCACAUCAGUGUUCACCCGAUGUUGAAUCCGUACAACUGCUGCCCCCUUGGAUCCAUCUCGCCCACAAUGAGCUGACAGUGGCGUACAGAUGGUUCAACGUCGCUGAGGGUGCUGCGCUUUGGGGCAUCGGCUCACCGCCACCAUCCCAUCGGUUCUGUCCCCGACAUUAUGGCGUUCCUGGUACCGGUCCUUUUAACCCGGCUUUGGAUCAGGAGGAAGAUAUUUUCAUUGACCCUGAUCAUGGGAAGAGAGUGGCUGGCUUAGUGACCUGGAUGCUUCGAAAGGUAUGCUCGACCCUAGUACUUGACUAG